AUGACUCCUGACCUACCGACACUGCAGGAUUCGGGUCGAAUAUCCUUCUUUUCAUUACCCUUGGAGAUUCGCAAUCUCGUCUACGAAAAGCUCCUUGUCUCCCCAAUUCCAUUACCACCCACUCCGCCUCAAAGCGAACAGCAUAUAUGGACAGCCAUCCUUCGAGCCAACCGGCGCAUCUACAAUGAAGCCAUUGAUUUUCUCUAUGGACGCAACUGCCUCGCCAUACACCUCCGCUCAAAUCUCAAUCAAAGCGCCUACGAUCCCUUCCUCUCAAGUCUCAGCGUACAGAAUGCCAUGAAGAUCAAGGAAGUGGAGAUUGUUCUUUGGGGCCGUUACAACGAAGAGGACGGCGACACGGUGUCAUUUGGAACGGAGAACUUUGGCAUCGCCCUCCAAAAUCUGGUCUAUGCCCCCAAACUUGUGGUUUGCAUCGAUAUCGACACGCAGCAUGAUGGGGACGAAGUGGAGCUUGGAAAUGGUGGGAGGAUAUUUUGCGCUUUCGACUGGGUCAUGGCAACGUUUGUUGAUGAGUGGUUCUUUAAUAAGACAUAUUUUGAUCUCUUCAGAGCCGUGGCAAGGUUUCACAUGAGCCGUAUGGUCCCCAUCAGCCAGACUAAGACGUGCGAGUGUCGAUGGUUCAAGGAGUCGAGAGCAAACGCGGCCUUGAAGCAGCAUGAACGUACGCUCUUAUGGGAUUUAGAGGACAGAUAUGGACUUACACAUGAGGAUGACGAGGAGAGGCCGUGUGCAAGUCAAGAGGAAGGAACUGGUAUUUUGGAGGAGGAUCAAGACAUACAAGAUGGCAUAGACGAUGAAGGGUUGGAGAACAACGGAAACGCAGCAAGCGAGGGUGACGAGGAGGAUGGCGAAGACGCUGAAUCAAGCGAAGAGAAUGACACCGACGUGGGAGAUGAUACUAAUAAUGAGGAUUAUAGCAGAACUUCGGGUUGA